UUUAGAGAUUGCACCAGAGUUCUUCCGGUCCACAUGUAAACGCUUCAGCCUGACCUGCCUGUAGGUAAAUAAGACGAUAGACCGGUGAAAAACAUCUUUAACAUUUCAGCAUUUGCGUGUAAACAUGAAACUUCUCACGCACAACAUGUUGACUUCUCACGUGAAAGGAGUCACUAAGGGAUACCCGCUGCUCAUUAAGGCCACUGAGGUAAAGGUGAAUGAGGUGGAGUUCAAUCCUCAGUUUGUCUGUCGUAUGAUCCCCAAACUGGAGUGGGGUGCUCUGGUCCAAGCUGCAGACGAGUUGGGUCACCGACAAGGCCUUCCAGGUGAGCUGGUGCCAGACUACGAGAAAAAUGAAGACUUCCUGAAGAGCGUGCACAGAGUGUUGUUGGAGGUGGACGUGAUAGAAGGAUGUCUGCAGUGCCCUGAAUCAGGACGAGAGUUCCCAAUCACCAGAGGAAUCCCCAACAUGCUUCUGAACGAAGACGAGGUGUAAACAGCAUCUCAGUGAUUAUAGCACACAAUCUCACCCCAAACCACCACCCAGUCAGGACUGUGUGUUUUCAGAGAGGGGGCUGGACUCUGUUUUGAGAUGGUGCCAUGAGAACAUAGGCUACACUGUUCGGUUAAUUGUGCUUAUGACAUUUAAAGUAGCUUCUGCCAACGGAUGGAAAAGAUUUGAGGAGUAACGGACAGAAAUGUUCCCUGAAAGUAACCCUCAUUUGUAUCUGUAUUUAUUUUUGUAACUGUUUGAGCUUUUUUCCCCCCUCUUCUUUCUCAAUAAAACUGUCCAGAUUUUCCUGA